AUGAGGCAAUGGCUGGGUGAUGUUUUGUUCAAAGCACAAUUCGCCGCGGUCGCUGGCAAGCGAUACGACAACAUCAUAUCUGCAUUUGUCCAGCUGAGCGGUGAAGAGAGGGCUGGCAAUGCCAAGUGCAAGAACUGCGCGAAGGUUCCUAUUUAUCCUCAAUGCAUAUCCCGUCCCGAUAUCCAAAAGGGCUCGUGUGGAUGUUGCAUCUACAACAAGAAUGCCAGUCGAUGCAGUUUGCGAGGCGAUGACAACGAUGCGCCAUUACCAGGGCACGUUGAAAGUACAACGGCGCAUGCUGCAAGAGAUCCGUCGUAUGAGCUCUUCAGUCCUAAUGAAAGAUCUGAUGGCGGUUCCCAGAAGAUAUCUGGUUCUGUGAAUGCGCCAGAGAGACACACAGCACGGAGUAGUGUCACUACCCUCAAGUCUCGCGUGUCGACCACAGGCUCCUCUCUAGAGGAAAUUCCCGCAACCGGUCCUUUGAAACGUUCAAAAGCAGUCGAAAACAAUUCUAGUCUGACGACAAGGACCGCGGCCAGUGUCACUGAUGGCGUUGCACAGCAGGCCUCUGGAAGCACUUCCCACCAUACCAAAGCCGCCGAGACCCUGCUUGCCCGUACCAUAGGCGUAUCAUCCGACUCAAUGCGUGUGCCAAGCAACGCAACCGCGAAUCAAGACACCAUAGUUGUUGCGCCUAGGCGAUCUGCCUCAUUCGAGCCUGGAUCUAACACCGCUCAAGAGAAUCUCGAGUCCCGGGCCACCACAACCUCUGAGGAUCUAUACACCAGCACCCCAGCACGCGUAAAAGAUGUCUCCAAGGCAGAAAUUCUUGUGAACAACCAGCGCUCUCCAUCACCGGAAAUCGAGAUCAUCUAUCCCCAACCCGCUGCAUCCAGCACAACUCUCGUCCCAAAACCAAACCACAACACUGCCUCAACAUCUGGCACAGCACAGUCCCAACCCUCAAAUUCUCACGUCAUCCCCAUCCUCAGCAAAGCAGACCAACGUCGCAUCCUCUGUCGAGCUUUCUGCACGUUCAAGAAGGGCGAGACAAAGAUCAGAAACAUGAACUUCCGCGGCUGCGAAACUUUCGACCGCUUCGUCAGUCAACUAACAGAGACCAGAAAUCGCGCACUCGACUUGAAACAUUUCUGCUAUAGCUUGCCACCACACGAGGAGGAUUAUGUCAUUGAUGCCGAGGACCUGGAAGCUUAUCAGGAUCUUCUUAUGCAGGCGAAGGAGCUGCUGAGAGAUAUGCCAGACAAUGAGAUAUUGCGGAUACGUGUUAACGCAAGGCUUUGA